GAAGAGGCUAAAAAAUGUAGAAGAACAUGAAGUUUGCACCAAAAUCCCCGGUUUUGUUAUUUGGGGAUUUGGGACAUGAUUUGGGAUGGUCUUGGUGCUGCGAUCAAGGUGUUGUGCCGGUGUUUUUAAUUUUCCUCAAUCAUUUAAUUCUUAUGAGAAAAAUGAUUUAUUUUAGUAAGUUUUUUUAUUACUUAGUUCUUACACAUUUCUACCUGGAAUGUAGUGCCCACUCUAUUUCCGAAAUGAGAGAAAUGUUUGGUAGGAAGAACUGUAUUGAAGGUUCACUAUCAUCAUUAUACCUCCAUGGUGGCGAUUCUCAUGCAGUCAAACAGUCCAGUACAGCAACUAUUUUUAACAUAACAUCUCUGGGAAUAACCAAAAAUGCCGAAAAAUCUUCAUUAGCAGAGUUAAAUGAAUUAGCUCAGUUCAAUGAGUUAGAAUAUUAUUUCAAACUGGAAAAAGAGGAUGGGCCACCUCAUGACAGAACAUUUACUGUUUCACUAACACUAGGAGAAGAAACAUUUGUAAGUGAAGGCAAGAGCCUCAAAAAAGCUAAACAAACUGUAGCAGCUAAGGCACUUGCUGAAAGCCAAUAUGAAACUGCUCCUUUGAAAGAAGUCUCUGAAGAAAACAUUGAAUCCCAAACACCAACUGUACUACUAAAUAAUUUAGGUGCCAAAUUGGGCCUACCUGUUAAAUAUGAAGUUCUUGAUAAACUAAAACAGGGUAUUCUGAAAUCCAAUGUAGUUGUUAAUGAGAAAUUGAAAAGACCUUACACACAAAAACUGAAUGAAUCUAUUUACAAUGAGAAAAAUUUGAAAAUGAGGAAAGAUAUUGAUCAAGUGAAAGGUCCAUUUAAUGUGAAAGUUCAAGUAGGAGAUUUAGAUUUUUAUGGAGGAGCACACACCAUUCAAUAUGCCAAACAUGAUGCUGCUUCAAAGGCUCUGGAUUAUUUUAUUCAGAACAAAGAUAACCUUGAUUUCCACUGUCUGAAGGAAGGCUCUGAAGAAAAAUGUAAGAAGGCAAAACAGACAAACAAGUCACCAGUUUCAUUGGUGUAUGAAUCAGCACAAUUGCGAAAGUUGGAUGUAGAAUUUGAAAUAAUCAAAGAAUCUGGUCCAGCUCACAAAAAGACAUUUGUGACAGAGUGCAGAUUAGGCCAUUUGAGGGCAACUGGUGAAGGGCAUUCAAAAAAAGAGUCCAAAAGAAUUGCUGCUGAAAGUAUGUUGGAAAGAAUUACUGAAUUGGAGCCAAUUUCUCAGGAGGUCCAAGUGAACAGCAUAAUGAAGGACAAAAAGAAAAGAAAGAGAAAGAAUAAAAAAAAUAAGAUGAUCAAGACAAAAUAUGAUGAGAUUAGUAUGACUGUUGGUAAUAUAAUUGACUCUGUUGCAAAAUUUGGACAACCUAGUGCAAAAGUUGACAAUUUGGAUGAGAAUGGUGUAGAUUCAAAGUCAGCAAAGAAAUUCAAAAAGGGACUCAAGCAGAAACAUAAUCAAAAGUCACAGCAGGACCAAAUUCUGGAAAUAAGCAACUUCCUGAAUUUUGAAAUAUCUUUUGAUGAUCUCAAUGAUAAUAAUGUACAUGGCACUCUUCUUUCUUUGCAUAUCAAUCCUGAAUAUUUGUGUUUUGGUGAGGGUUUGAAUUUGCAAGAUGCAAGGAAUAAGGCUGCUGAUAAAGGUUUGGACUUAUUGGACAAAAUGGGAAUAUAUGAUUAUUAUGUUGAGCAUAAGUAUGCUCCCCUUGAAAGGGAAAUCAAAGAAGGUGUUGAGAACAUUAUCCAUUAUCAAAUUCACAAAGAAAAGGAAGAAUUAUAAUAGUGUUUUGGUACCCAUAUACCACCUAUCUAUCAUUUCUGUUUUUUUUUUUCCACAAUAUAUAGGUAGGUAAUAAUACUUAUUGCCAUUAUUUUGUUUAUAUUUUUUUUGUUUGUUCAUUUUUUUCAUUCUAUUCCAGAAUCUUUUUUUUUUCAAUAUAUUAUGAUUCAGACCUUA